AUGUUUCGUCUUCAACAAACUGCUUUCAUCUUUUUUCUUCUACUUGCUUUUAUUCAAUUGAUCGAUGGUCUGUCAUGUUAUUCGUGUGUGGGUGAGAAAUGUGACGAUCCCUUUCGGUCAAACAAUAUUGAACAAAUAACUGUACCUGAUAAUGAAGGAUAUUCAUGUGCUAAAUAUUGGUCUCCAGAGACUGUUGUGACUCCUAGUCAUAUCAUGCGACAAGCUUUAAAAUUUUGCAUACCAAACAAUGUUCUAGGAGUUGGUGUAUUCUGUUGUUCGACAAAUUUAUGCAACGACGCCAUUAAAAUGAUAUCAUUACCUUAUUUUAUUUUCAGUCUGCUGCUGAUUAUUAUUCUCCUUCUCUAUUAA